AUCCAUCCUAUCAUUCCUUGUAGCUAAGUUUGCGACUGAGAGAGAUCGAAAGCAGAGCCAGAGCCAGAGCCAAAGCCAAAGCAUGUCGAUGAUGACAAUAGUAAAAAAUCCUUCACUAUUAUUAAUUCAAGGUCCCAACCAUUUUACUGCUAGAAGAAGCAUCCAGAAUCAUAACAAGCAUGUUCAUGUUCAUGCUCAUGUUCUAACCAGCCCACCAAAGAAAUAUCUAUAUGGCAUUGGCAGCAGCACCUGGUUAUCAAGCCCCUGUAACACCCCUGGGAGAGGUGUCAGAUGCUUGUCCAACAGAAUAUCUGCAGUUGGUUCAGGUUUAGAGGCUUCAAUUACAGAUCCAAAGGACAAUGCAAUAACCGUGAAAGAUGCCAAGAUUGUAGUGGAGUCUCAGGAUGAUGACAAGAUACAGAUAAGAGUGGACGUGACUGGGAAGGAGACACAAAAAGUAUUUGAUAAGGUUUUAGCAAAUUUGGCUCGCACCGCACCACCAAUUCCAGGGUUCCGCAGAGAAAAAGGAGGAAAAACAUCAAAGGUCCCAAAGAGUUUCCUACUACAGGUUAUUGGCGAAGAGCGUGUUACCAAGUUCGUUAUACAAGAAAUAGUUAGCUCAACCAUGGCUGAUUAUGUAAAGAAGGAAAAUCUGAAUGUAAAGGACAAGAAGAUUAACACAACCCAGACGGCAGAAGAACUCAAAUUAUUGUUUGCUCCUGGAAAUGAAUUUGGAUUUAAUGCUAUUUUAGAACUUGAAAAAAUAGAAACCGAAACAACCAGUUCAAGCACCCCUGAGAUUUGAAGUAACAAUAUUCUCAUCUCGGAUCAUAGAUUUUGCUCACCCAUUGUAUUCUCACUACUCAUUCAAGGGAGGAAUGUCUUUCAGUGAUAUUUUCAUUGGAGAAGAGCCCGGGUUUAUAAAAUUAUCCUGAAAGACCUCUUUCUUCUUUCUUACUUUUCAUAAUUAUUUCCUAGCUUGAAAUUUUUGCUUUCAAAGUUUAGAUAGGAACAGAACAAUUUCACCAAGGGCAUGUCAUUUGAUUCUGUUCUGCAUAAUUCAUUUAUCUGUAAAAUGUUCAAAGGGGUCCAGAUUCUCUUUUUUAUGCCAAGAAGGUGAUAUCCAAGGGGGGUGCUGUUUUUUGCACACCUGUUUCUCCUUGAAUGUGGGUUUUUUGUUAAA